AUGACAAACAGUAAGGACUUUGCUUCAGUGCCGAAAACUACUUGCACAACUGUUGUUGAAUGGGUUGCCACCAAGUUGACACCUAAACCAUAUCGGUUGUGGAACACUCAAGAGUUAGAUGAUUUUCUUAGCAAACCAAAAGCCGAAGGAGGUGCUGGAUUGAGUGAUGAGUCCGUGGUCUACCUCCAUCGUGCCAAAAUCGACAACCUAACACUUGCCCGAAUUGUUACUGUCAUUAAGGAAGAAAGAAUGAAAGGCCUUACAGAAGAAGAAUGUAUUGAGCUUGCCACAAAGAUAAUGACAAGCGAUAAGGACUUUGCUUUAGUACCAGAAUCUACUUGUAAAGCUGUCACUGAGUGGGUUGCUACCAAGUUGGCUCGAAAGGCUGAUGAGAGAGAUUUACAAAAGAGAAACGAAAAAGUAUCUUCAUUAUUCAUUGCUUUUUCUGUAAAUGUGGUUUCAUUUAAUUCUUACAUCCUUUUGCAAAAAGAUAGAAUGCGAAUUUCAGAUAGUCUUUACCAUGAGAUUCGAAUUAGAUUCUUUCUUGAAAAAUAUUUACCUCCCUUAGAUGACUUAAAAGACACAAGAAAAGAAAAAAACAUAGAAGUGCUUGGCUUUUAUGAUGUAAAUAUUAGAUCUGUCAGUUAUGUAGCCAGUGUUCAGCAUGAAAAAGAGCAGAUAUAUGAGGACAUUGAUGAGCCAGAGGAUGCCUGUGAAGAUACUUGUCAAAAUAUUUGUCAAGAUAGCUGUCAGAAUAUUUCUUCAAAUCCUACACAAGACAACCAAUCGUCCAACAGUGUUGGUGUUGCAAUGAGUAUGUCGAGUAAUGUGUUGAAUGAAUCACCUGUGACGGUAAAAGGAAAUAAGAAACAAACGACAGUCGUGUUUGUUAAAAAUAUUACAAAAUUGGUAAAGAGUAUUUUGAAAUUGGAAUUAAUCGAAACCAUCAAUAGACAAACAAAAGGAAAAGUUAUUUCUGAGAACGAUAUGGCUUUUUUGGAAAAAGCAACAAAAGAGGCCAUUAUGAGUUAUGGAAUGGAUCAAAAGGGUCUUAAUGGUUUGACAGUUUUGGGUGUAUCUAUGCGAGGUUCUAGAGUUUUUAUGCUCAAUGUAGUGGUUAUUGAAUACAAUGGAAAAAAUUACAAGUAUGAAUUAAAAAACAAACUUGUUACUGAUUUGUCUGCGUUUAAAUAUUUAAAUGGAUGGAGCAGAAUUAAUUGUCCAUUUUGUGAUUGUCCAAACGCACAUAGUUCAAUUAAACAGGGAUGCACUGUUGUGGAAAGGUCUGGUAACACAGAAAUUUCAAAUUGUUUAGGAUUUGAUCAUACUGAUUUUAUAAUUUGUUAUUUACAUUUACUCGAAAGAAUCAUUCAACAUCUAUUAAGGCUUAGUUUAGGUACAGCAGAAGAAAAUUUCGAUUCUAUGGUAAAAGAAAUUCAAAUGGUUUCAACAUUAAGAAACUUGAUGUUUGAACCAGAUGAAAAUGGAGAUUACAAUUUAUAUCUCACUGGUGACCAAUGUGAAGCUCUAUUGCAAGGACGUGCUAAAUUUUUUAAAAAUUGUCCAAAACAUAUUCAAGAAUUAUGGAACGAAGGCAAUCACAUUCUUGAUAUAUUCAAAAAAGGGCUGAGCAAUGGCGAUUAUCAAGAUUUCCAAUUAUCUCUUGAUCGUUUCUUCCAGAAAUUUAAAAAGUAUUCAACAAUAGGAAGCUGCUUACCUGGUAGUGUAUUUAUUCCAGAAUCUGAAACUUUCCCAAGCUUUGAUUAUGCUAUUAUUAUGUACAAAGAGAAAUCAUUAGAAAUCUUUCUGAAACAAAGCACCAUUUCUACUGUUGAAUCUCAUUAUUGUCAUAGUAAUGGCAAAACAGAUGUGGAUAAUUUACUGGAACGUCUUUAUGUUUUAAAUAGAGAAGGAAAGGCAAUGAAAAGGAAACAAAACGUUCCAGAACAAUAUCAUUUCUCAUUACUUGAAUUGAUACUUCAUGGAAUUGUUGGAAGUGAAGAAACCAAAGUUGAAUUGUUACAAGCCAGAAAGGAUGAUCCAAAGUUGAUCAAAGAUGGAAAACUUGAAAACUCAGUAACAUAUGGUGACGUAGAAUUCACUUGGCAUUACAUUUACGAAUCAGGUGUGGAAGAACAAUCUGUAAAGAAUGUUAAGGAGAAUGGUAUACUUUUUAGAAAUAGACAAGAAAUUGAAGACCAAAUGAAGAUUUAUUUUGAAAAAUAA